CGACGACGACUGCGGGGGUGGGGAGGAUGACGCAGGGCAAGUGUCGCCAUCCAAGCAAAGCAGCAUGGGGGGGAAUGGCGGUAGGGCGAAGGCGUCUGUUCGCAACGGUCGAUGGGGGAAGAAGCCGAUGGGGAAGGGGAGCGACGUCGAAGCUGACGGCGAUGCAGAAGGCGGUCGUCAUUUUUGGUCCGUCGACGACAUGGUGGCCUUGAUACGGGCUAAACGUGACCAGGACGCGCAUCUGCAGGGAAUGGGCACCACGUACGCUCGUAUGAAGCCGCGAGAAUGGAAGUGGUUAGAUGUGGAGCAAAGGCUGAAGAAGGUGGGCGUGGAGAGGGAGGCAGACUGGUGCGGGAAGAAGUGGGACAAUUUGAUGCAGCAGUUCAAGAAGGUGCACCACUUCCAAGGCUUGUCCGGGAAACAGGACUUCUUCCAGUUCAUAGGGAAGGAGCGGUUGUCGAAGGGCUUCAGUUUUAACAUGGAUCGUGCGGUUUACGACGAGAUCCUCGGGUCGACUUCCAAGAGCCACACCAUUAACCCUAAGAACGUCGCAGACACUGGUGCUCCGGGGGGUGUGCGUUUGCCGUCAGCAAAUUCUGGUGAUCGAGAGUCAGUCGGGGAUCGGGACGCUGCUGCAUGGCUGGACGACGACGACGACGGGUCGACGAGAGACGCGGAAGACUGGGUGGCGGAGGGGGACGAUUCACACGGGGAAAGCGACUUCGCCGAAUCGGAGGAAAUCCCAAUGAAGCGCAAGUCCUCCAGAAGGCAGAUUAGAGCCCUCCGGAUCGAUGACGUCGGCGAGAGGCGUAGCACAGGGGGCCGCGGGGCAAGUCAACAAGACGCCAAUGUCGCCGCUCGUCCGGCGAUGGGCCGAGCCCGGGGGAGUGCCUCCACGCAGCAGAACCGUGCGCCUUUGCCACAUGUCAACGAACCCCCUGCCGCGCAAGAGGUGUUCCUCUGCAGCCGAAUGCCAUCGACCCUGCGACAAACGACGGCCACAGAAGUCGGCAUCGCCGCACAAGGCAUUGCUCAGGGGAUCGCCAGCCGAUCUCCUGCGCAUGACGAUCGCGGGGCGUCGACGGUGGUUGCGGCGCGCACUGCAGAAGUGCCUAAGGCAGGCGCCGCAACGGCGGGUGGUGCGUCCCAGGCUGGUGAAGGGGGGAGGUCAGGCGGGGCCGCAACUGUGGGGGCUUCGGAUGCGGUGGAAGGAGCCAGGGCAGGUGGGGGGAAUGCUGGCGAAGGGAGCAGGGCAGGCGCCGUCGCUGGAGUCGGGGAGGACGAUGAAGCGUUGGCGAACAGGGUGCGGCAGCGGAGCGCCCGUGAAGGGAUCGACUUGGCAUGCAAACUGUGGGUGGACGACAUUCGUUUCUCAAACGAGACGGAGGGAAACGCCAUUGUCAAGCUCAUGCAGGAAGCGCGACUGUAUCUUGUGGCGGUGGCGCGGGGUGUGCAGCCUCCUGCGAUUCGACGCAGCAUCGUCCUGCCACACACCACCAUCCCGCAACACAAAAUCGACGACAAAUCGGAGUUCAGCGCUGCACAAGACAGGGCGCUGAAGGUGCAGACCAUCGCUCUGCGGGUGAUCCACGGGUGGUUGUUCAAGUCCGCGAGCAGGCAACGGGGUUACCACGCUGCGUACGGGUACGCGCUGAACCAUGCGGCGACUGACAUCGUGCGCACGAUCUGGAUGGGGGAAGACUGGCGUGUGUGUGUGAGCGCCAUGGUUUUCCACAAUACGCUUGACAUGGACAUGAAGCUGCCACUGUGGUUCGUCAGCGCUUACAUCGAAGACAGGCACGAGGACGACGAGCUGGCGGCGUAUCAGGAAGCGAGCGUCCAAAGACUGGUGGGUGGGUUCACGAGCGCCGUGAGCACGGCGGAGGGAGUCGACGGCGGUCGGGUGUCGCAUGAGAGGCUGAAGAGCGUAGCCGAGGCGAUGCAGGUAAUGCUCGCCGCGACGAUGUGGCUUAUGCGGAUGGGCGGUGACGAUCGUCGGGCCCAUUACGACGCGUGGGUAUUCGUCCAGCUGACGGCGAAACCCACAUUAACUGCAUCCAUGCAUCGCUCGUUCGACGCGCGUCGACACAUCGUGCAGGCCGCAACUGCCAUCACGGACAAGCUGGUGAAACCCCCGAUCAACUUGCUGGCCCCUCCAGUGUACAUCCCGGACUGGGCGUCAAUCGGCGUGAAAUUCUCUCACGACGCCACUUUGUCUUCCCCAAUGGAGGCUCAAAAGCUCGAUUGGUUGGGCACAAGGCCACCGGAAGACGACGAUGACGCCGCUGUCAACGACGAUAUGAGCGCGGGGGGUUCAUGAUGCCUUUGGGUGCGCUCGGACAGGUUUGAUGAGGUGGGUGCAUGUGUGCACUUUCGUGUAGAAUUAG